GAUGUUAGGCUUCUGGGCUGUUCAUUCUUACAUCCUUCGUGGACUUGAGGCUUUUCUUCAGAUGCCUGGCAGCAUCCGUGCCCGGUAGCUACCCUGACCUCCUCCUCGGCAUGACCUCGAGCGCUUUCCCUUCCUCCAGAGAGAUGUUUUGUCCUGCUUGCAGCCGCAGACUCCUCGACGGGUGCCAGCUGAGGACGUGCAUCUCUGCUGGAGGUGGCCGCAUGCCCAGUAGCUACCCUUUCCUCCUCCCAGGCACGGAUGGGGAGUUUUGGCCGGCAUCGCAGUCUCUUGCCACCUUUGCUUUGCUGUCACAUCGAAUCCGAUUGCUUUGCUGUUCUGUUGGUGGGUUUUGGUUCUUUGUCUUUCCCUUUAUUGUCUCUGUUUCCAUUGGUCACAUUGGUUUGCUUUCUUUUUUUCACUUGGUUUUGCUUUCUCUACUGCUCCUUUUCCUUUGCUCUCCUUUUUCAUUUCAAGUUAGUUUGUUUGGUUUCCUUUUUUCUCCUUUUUUCUUUUCAUGUUUGUUUGUUUGUUUGUUUUUGGUUUGCUUUCCUUUUGGUUGUUCAUUCUGUUCCUUGGCUCUUGGUUUUCGGGCAUUGCUUUGCUUUUCCCCCUAUUAACUUGGCUCUUUUUCUUUUCCUUUUGGCUUUUGUUUCCUUCUCCUUUGGCUUUGCUUUCUACUGCUUAUUUUUCUUUUUGGUUGGUUCUUUUUCUUUCAGUUUAUUGUCUCUUUUUGGUUUCCUUUCCUUUGUUCACUUUGUUUUUUUUUUCUCUACUGCUCCUUAGCUCUCCAUUGUUUAUGUCCUGUUUGUUUGGGUUUUUUGGUUUGCUUUCGUUUUAGUUGUUCAUUCCGUUCCUUGGCUCUUGGUUUUCCGGCAUUGCUUUGCUUUGUCCUACUUUCAGAUUUGCUUCUUGACUUUCAUUCUGGUUUGUUUUGUUAUUUUUUCCUCCAUGUUCUCCCCUUAGAUUUUGUUAGCUUUUAUAUUGUCUCAAUGUGUUGCUCUGAGUUUUUUGCUUUGCCAUAUUGUUGCAGUCAACGCCCUUGCUUUUUUUUGUACUUUUUCUCUCGGAUUACUUGGCUCUUUUUCUUUUCCUUUUGGCUUUUGUUUCCUGCUCCUUUGGCUUUGCUUUCUAGAUCUUAUUUUUCUUUUUGGUUGGUUCUUUUUCUUUCCAGACCAUGCCUUUGCAUUCUGGUAGUAUGCCUUCUCUGUUCUCCUCUUUUUCUUUUGCUUUCAUUACGUUCUUCCUCCUUGUCGUCCCCAAGGCUGCUUCCUUCCUCUUAUCUUGCCUUUACUUACCUGAUGUUAGGCUUCUGGGCUGUUCAUUCUUACAUCCUUCGUGGACUUGAGGCUUUUCUUCAGAUGCCUGGCAGCAUCCGUGCCCGGUAGCUACCCUGACCUCCUCCUCGGCAUGACCUCGAGUGCUUUCCCUUCCUCCAGAGAGAUGUUUUGUCCUGCUUGCAGCCGCAGACUCCUCGACGGGUGCCAGCUGAGGACGUGCAUCUCUGCUGGAGGUGGCCGCAUGCCCAGUAGCUACCCUUUCCUCCUCCCAGGCACGGAUGGGGAGUUUUGGCCGGCAUCGCAGUCUCUUGUCACAUUUGCUUUGCCGUCUUACUGAAUCCGAUUGCUUUGCUGUUCUGUUGGUGGGUUUUGGUUCUUUUUUUUAGUCUUUUUCCAUUGCAUCACAUUGGUUUGUUUUCCUUAGUUCCCUUCGAUUUGCUUUCUCUACUGCUCCUUUUCCUUUGCUCUCCUUUUUCAUUUCAAGUUAGUUUGUUUGGUUUCCUUUUUUCUCCUUUUUUCUUUUCAUGUUUGUUUGUUUGUUUGUUUUUGGUUUGCUUUCCUUUUGGUUGUUCAUUCUGUUCCUUGGCUCUUGGUUUUCGGGCAUUGCUUUGCUUUUCCCCCUAUUAACUUGGCUCUUUUUCUUUUCCUUUUGGCUUUUGUUUCCUUCUCCUUUGGCUUUGCUUUCUACUGCUUAUUUUUCUUUUUGGUUGGUUCUUUUUCUUUCAGUUUAUUGUCUCUUUUUGGUUUCCUUUCCUUUGUUCACUUUUUUUUUUAUCUACUGCUCCUUAGCUCUCCAUUGUUUAUGUCCUGUUUGUUUGGGUUUUUUGGUUUGCUUUCGUUAUGGUUGUUCAUUCUGUUCCUUGGCUCUUGGUUUUCCGGCAUUGCUUUGCUUUGUUCUACUUUCUACUUCACUUCUUUUAUUCUGUUUUUCUAUUUUUUUUUUCCCCAUGCUCUCCCCUUAGAUUUUGUUAGCUUUUAUAUUGUCUCACUGUGUUGCUCUGAACUUUUUGCUUUGCCAUAUUGUUGCAGUCAAUGCCCUUGCUUUUUUUUUUUUUUGGUACUUUUUCCCCGGUUAACUUGGCUCUUUUUCUUUUCCGUUUGGCAUUGGUUUCCUGCUCCUUUGGCUUUGCUUUCUAGAGCUUAUUUUUCUUUUUGGUUGGUUCUUUUUCUUUCCAGACCAUGCCUUUGCAUUCUGGUAGUAUGCCUUCUCUGUUCUCCUCUUUUUCUUUUGCUGUCAUUACGUUCUUCCUCCUUGUCGUCCCCAUGGCGGCUUCCUUCCUCUUACCAUGCCUUUACUUACCUGACUUUAGCCUUUUGGACAGUUCAUUCUUACAUCCUCCCUGUCCUUGCCUCUGUCCUCGUCGUGGAGUUGAGGCUUUUCUUCAGAUGCCUGGCAGCAUCCGUGCCCGGUAGCUACCCUGACCUCCUCCUCGGCAUGACCUCGAGCGCUUUCCCUUCCUCCAGAGAGAUGUUUUGUCCUGCUUGCAGCCGCAGACUCCUCGACGGGUGCCAGCUGAGGACGUGCAUCUCUGCUGGAGGUGGCCGCAUGCCCAGUAGCUACCCUUUCCUCCUCCCAGGCACGGAUGGGGAGUUUUGGCCGGCAUCGCAGUCUCUUGCCACCUUUGCUUUGCUGUCACAUCGAAUCCAAUUGCUUUGCUGUUCUGUUGGUGGGUUUUGGUUCUUUGUCUUUCCGUUUAUUGUCUCUGUUUCCAUUGGUCACAUUGGUUUGCUUUCUUUUUUUCACUUGGUUUUGCUUUCUCUACUGCUCCUUUUCCUUUGCUCUCCUUUUUCAUUUCAAGUUAGUUUGUUUGGUUUCCUUUUUUCUCCUUUUUUCUUUUCAUGUUUGUUUGUUUGUUUGUUUUUGGUUUGCUUUCCUUUUGGUUGUUCAUUCUGUUCCUUGGCUCUUGGUUUUCGGGCAUUGCUUUUCUUUUCCCCUAUUAACUAGGCUCUUUUUCUUUUCCUUUUGGCUUUUGUUUCCUUCUCCUUUGGCUUUGCUUUCUACUGCUUAUUUUUCUUUUUGGUUGGUUCUUUUUCUUUCAGUUUAUUGUCUCUUUUUGGUUUCCUUUCCUUUGUUCACUUUGUUUUUUUUUUCUCUACUGCUCCUUAGCUCUCCAUUGUUUAUGUCCUGUUUGUUUGGGUUUUUUGGUUUGCUUUCGUUUUGGUUGUUCAUUCUGUUCCUUGGCUCUUGGUUUUCCAGCAUUGCUUUGCUUUGUCCUACUUUCAGAUUUGCUUCUUGUCUUCCAUUCUGGUUUGUUUUGUUAUUUUUUCCUCCAUGUUCUCCCCUUAGAUUUUGUUAGCUUUUAUAUUGUCUCACUGUGCUGCUCUGAGUUUUUUGCUUUGCCAUAUUGUUGCAGUCAACGCCCUUGCUUUUUUUUGUACUUUUUCUCUCGGAUUACUUGGCUCUUUUUCUUUUCCUUUUGGCUUUUGUUUCCUGCUCCUUUGGCUUUGCUUUGUAGUGCUUAUUUUUUCUUUUUGGUUGGUUCUUUUUCUUUCCAGACCAUGCCUUUGCAUUCUGGUAGUAUGCCUUCUCUGUUCUCCUCUUUUUCUUUUGCUUUCAUUACGUUCUUCCUCCUUCCUCGUCCCCAUGGCUGCUUCCUUCCUCUUAUCUUGCCUUUACUUACCUGAUGUUAGGCUUCUGGGCUGUUCAUUCUUACAUCCUUCGUGGACUUGAGGCUUUUCUUCAGAUGCCUGGCAGCAUCCGUGCCCGGUAGCUACCCUGACCUCCUCCUCGGCAUGACCUCGAGCGCUUUCCCUUCCUCCAGAGAGAUGUUUUGUCCUGCUUGCAGCCGCAGACUCCUCGACGGGUGCCAGCUGAGGACGUGCAUCUCUGCUGGAGGUGGCCGCAUGCCCAGUAGCUACCCUUUCCUCCUCCCAGGCACGGAUGGGGAGUUUUGGCCGGCAUCGCAGUCUCUUGCCACCUUUGCUUUGCUGUCACAUCGAAUCCGAUUGCUUUGCUGUUCUGUUGGUGGGUUUUGGUUCUUUGUCUUUCCGUUUAUUGUCUCUGUUUCCAUUGGUCACAUUGGUUUGCUUUAUUUUUUUCACUUGGUUUUGCUUUCUCUACUGCUCCUUUUCCUUUGCUCUCCUUUUUCAUUUCAAGUUAGUUUGUUUGGUUUCCUUUUUUCUCCUUUUUUCUUUUCAUGUUUGUUUGUUUGUUUUUGGUUUGCUUUCCUUUUGGUUGUUCAUUCUGUUCCUUGGCUCUUGGUUUUCGGGCAUUGCUUUGCUUUUCCCCCUAUUAACUUGGCUCUUUUUCUUUUCCUUUUGGCUUUUGUUUCCUUCUCCUUUGGCUUUGCUUUCUACUGCUUAUUUUUCUUUUUGGUUGGUUCUUUUUCUUUCAGUUUAUUGUCUCUUUUUGGUUUCCUUUCCUUUGUUCACUUUGUUUUUUUUUUCUCUACUGCUCCUUAGCUCUCCAUUGUUUAUGUCCUGUUUGUUUGGGUUUUUUGGUUUGCUUUCGUUUUAGUUGUUCAUUCCGUUCCUUGGCUCUUGGUUUUCCGGCAUUGCUUUGCUUUGUCCUACUUUCAAAUUUGCUUCUUGUCUUCCAUUCUGGUUUGUUUUGUUAUUUUUUCCUCCAUGUUCUCCCCUUAGAUUUUGUUAGCUUUUAUAUUGUCUCACUGUGUUGCUCUGAACUUCUUGCUUUGCCAUAUUGUUGCAGUCAAUGCCCUUGCUUUUUUUUGUACUUUUUCUCUCGGAUUACUUGGCUCUUUUUCUUUUCCUUUUGGCUUUUGUUUCCUGCUCCUUUGGCUUUGCUUUGUAGUGCUUAUUUUUUCUUUUUGGUUGGUUCUUUUUCUUUCCAGACCAUGCCUUUGCAUUCUAAAAGUAUGCCUUCUCUUUUCCCCUCUUUUGCUUUCAUCAGAUUCUUCUUCCUUCCUCGUCCCCAUGGCGGCUUCCUUCCUCUUACCUUGCCUUUACUUACCUGACUUUAGCCUUCUGGACUGUUCAUUCUUACACCCUUCGUGGACUUGAGGCUUUUCUUCAGAUGCCUGGCAGCAUCCGUGCCCGGUAGCUACCCUGACCUCCUCCUCGGCAUGACCUCGAGCGCUUUCCUUUCCUCCAGAGAGUUGUUUUGUCCUGCUUGCAGCUGCAGACUUUUCGACGGGUGCCAGCUGAGGACGUGCAUCUCUGCUGGAGGUGGCCGCAUGCCCAGUAGCUACCCUUUCCUCCUCCCAGGCACGGAUGGGGAGUUUUGGCCGGCAUCGCAGUCUCUUGUCACAUUUGCUUUGCCGUCUUACUGAAUCCGAUUGCUUUGCUGUUCUGUUGGUGGGUUUUGGUUCUUUGUCUUUUCAUUUUUUAGUCUUUUUCCAUUGCAUCACAUUGGUUUGCUUUAUUUUUUUCACUUGGUUUUGCUUUCUCUACUGCUCCUUUUCCUUUGCUCUCCUUUUUCAUUUCAAGUUAGUUUGUUUGGUUUCCUUUUUUCUCCUUCUUUCUUUUCAUGUUUGUUUGUUUGUUUGUUUUUGGUUUGCUUUCCGUUUGGUUGUUCAUUCUGUUCCUUGGCUCUUGGUUUUCGGGCAUUGCUUUGCUUUUCCCCCUAUUAACUUGGCUCUUUUUCUUUUUCUUUUGGCUUUUGUUUCCUUCUCCUUUGGCUUUGCUUUCUACUGCUUAUUUUUCUUUUUGGUUGGUUCUUUUUCUUUCAGUUUAUUGUCUCUUUUUGGUUUCCUUUCCUUUGUUCUCUUUUUUUUUUCUCUACUGCUCCUUAGCUCUCCAUUGUUUAUGUCCUGUUUGUUUGGGUUUUUUGGUUUGCUUUCGUUAUGGUUGUUCAUUCUGUUCCUUGGCUCUUGGUUUUCCAGCAUUGCUUUGCUUUGUUCUACUUUCUACUUCACUUCUUUUAUUCUGUUUUUCUAUUUUUUUUUUUCCCCAUGCUCUCCCCUUAGAUUUUGUUAGCUUUUAUAUUGUCUCACUGUGUUGCUCUGAACUUUUUGCUUUGCCAUAUUGUUGCAGUCAACGCCCUUGCUUUUUUUUGUACAUUUUCUCUCGGAUUACUUGGCUCUUUUUCUUUUCCUUUUGGCUUUUGUUUCCUGCUCCUUUGGCUUUGCUUUCUAGUGCUUAUUUUUUCUUUUUGGUUGGUUCUUUUUCUUUCCAGACCAUGCCUUUGCAUUCUGGUAGUAUGCCUUCUCUGUUCUCCUCUUUUUCUUUUGCUUUCAUUACGUUCUUCCUCCUUCCUCGUCCCCGAGGCUGCUUCCUUCCUCUUAUCUUGCCUUUACUUACCUGAUGUUAGGCUUCUGGGCUGUUCAUUCUUACAUCCUUCGUGGACUUGAGGCUUUUCUUCAGAUGCCUGGCAGCAUCCGUGCCCGGUAGCUACCCUGACCUCCUCCUCGGCAUGACCUCGAGUGCUUUCCCUUCCUCCAGAGAGAUGUUUUGUCCUGCUUGCAGCCGCAGACUCCUCGACGGGUGCCAGCUGAGGACGUGCAUCUCUGCUGGAGGUGGCCGCAUGCCCAGUAGCUACCCUUUCCUCCUCCCAGGCACGGAUGGGGAGUUUUGGCCGGCAUCGCAGUCUCUUGUCACAUUUGCUUUGUCGUCUUACUGAAUCCGAUUGCUUUGCUGUUCUGUUGGUGGGUUUUGGUUCUUUUUUUUAGUCUUUUUCCAUUGCAUCACAUUGGUUUGUUUUCCUUAGUUCACUUCGAUUUGCUUUCUCUACUGCUCCUUUUCCUUUGCUCUCCUUUUUCAUUUCAAGUUAGUUUGUUUGGUUUCCUUUUUUCUCCUUUUUUCUUUUCAUGUUUGUUUGUUUGUUUGUUUUUGGUUUGCUUUCCUUUUGGUUGUUCAUUCUGUUCCUUGGCUCUUGGUUUUCGGGCAUUGCUUUGCUUUUCCCCCUAUUAACUUGGCUCUUUUUCUUUUUCUUUUGGCUUUUGUUUCCUUCUCCUUUGGCUUUGCUUUCUACUGCUUAUUUUUCUUUUUGGUUGGUUCUUUUUCUUUCAGUUUAUUGUCUCUUUUUGGUUUCCUUUCCUUUGUUCUCUUUUUUUUUUUCUCUACUGCUCCUUAGCUCUCCAUUGUUUAUGUCCUGUUUGUUUGGGUUUUUUGGUUUGCUUUCGUUAUGGUUGUUCAUUCUGUUCCUUGGCUCUUGGUUUUCCGGCAUUGCUUUGCUUUGUUCUACUUUCUACUUCACUUCUUUUAUUCUGUUUUUCAAUUUUUUUCCCCAUGCUCUCCCCUUAGAUUUUGUUAGCUUUUAUAUUGUCUCACUGUGUUGCUCUGAACUUUUUGCUUUGCCAUAUUGUUGCAGUCAAUGCCCUUGCUUUUUUUUUUGGUACUUUUUCCCCGGUUAACUUGGCUCUUUUUCUUUUCCGUUUGGCAUUGGUUUCCUGCUCCUUUCCCUUUGCUUUCUAGAGCUUAUUUUUCUUUUUGGUUGGUUCUUUUUCUUUCCAGACCAUGCCUUUGCAUUCUGGUAGUAUGCCUUCUCUGUUCUCCUCUUUUUCUUUUGCUUUCAUUACGUUCUUCCUCCUUGUCGUCCCCAUGGCGGCUUCCUUCCUCUUACCUUGCCUUUACUUACCUGACUUUAGCCUUUUGGACAGUUCAUUCUUACAUCUUCCCUGUCCUUGCCUCUGUCCUCGUCGUGGAGUUGAGGCUUUUCUUCAGAUGCCUGGCAGCAUCCGUGCCCGGUAGCUACCCUGACCUCCUCCUCGGCAUGACCUCGAGCGCUUUCCCUUCCUCCAGAGAGAUGUUUUGUCCUGCUUGCAGCCGCAGACUCCUCGACGGGUGCCAGCUGAGGACGUGCAUCUCUGCUGGAGGUGGCCGCAUGCCCAGUAGCUACCCUUUCCUCCUCCCAGGCACGGAUGGGGAGUUUUGGCCGGCACCGCAGUCUCUUGUCUCCUUUGCUUUGCCGUCUUACUGAAUCUGAUUGUUUUGCUGUUCUGUUGGUGGGUUUUGGUUCUUUGUCUUUCCAUUUUUUAGUCUUUUUCCAUUGCAUCACAUUGGUUUGUUUUCCUUAGUUCCCUUCGAUUUGCUUUCUCUACUGCUCCUUUUCCAUUGCUCUCCUUUGUUCAUUUCAUGUUUGUAUGUUUGUUUUUUAUUUGCUUUCCUUUUUGUUGUUCAUUCCGUUCCUUGGCUCUUGGUUUUCGGGCAUUGCUUUCCUUUGUCCUACUUUCAAAUUUGCUUCUUGACUUUCAUUCUGGUUUGUUUUGUUAUUUUUUCCUCCAUGCUCUCCCCUUAGAUUUUGUUAGCUUUUAUAUUGUCUCACUGUGUUGCUUUGAAUUUUUGCUUUGCCAUAUUGAUGCAGUCAACACCCUUGCUUUUUUUUUUGUAAUUUUUUUCCCGGUUAACUUGGCUCUUUUUCCUUUUGGCUUUUGUUUCCUGCUCCUUUGGCUUUGCUUUGUAGUGCUUAUUUUUCUUUUUGGUUGGUUCUUUUUCUUUCCAGACCAUGCCUUUCCAUUCUGGUAGUAUGCCUUCUCUUUUCUCCUCUUUUUCUUUUGCUUUCAUCAGAUUCUUCCUCCUUCCUCGUCCCCAUGGCGGCUUCCUUCCUCUUACCUUGCCUUUACUUACCUGACUUUAGCCUUCUGGACUGUUCAUUCUUACACCCUUCGUGGACUUGAGGCUUUUCUUCAGAUGCCUGGCAGCAUCCGUGCCCGGUAGCUACCCUGACCUCCUCCUCGGCAUGACCUCGAGCGCUUUCCUUUCCUCCAGAGAGUUGUUUUGUCCUGCUUGCAGCUGCAGACUUUUCGACGGGUGCCAGCUGAGGACGUGCAUCUCUGCUGGAGGUGGCCGCAUGCCCAGUAGCUACCCUUUCCUCCUCCCAGGCACGGAUGGGGAGUUUUGGCCGGCAUCGCAGUCUCUUGUCACAUUUGCUUUGCCGUCUUACUGAAUCCGAUUGCUUUGCUGUUCUGUUGGUGGGUUUUGGUUCUUUGUCUUUUCAUUUUUUAGUCUUUUUCCAUUGCAUCACAUUGGUUUGCUUUAUUUUUUUCACUUGGUUUUGCUUUCUCUACUGCUCCUUUUCCUUUGCUCUCCUUUUUCAUUUCAAGUUAGUUUGUUUGGUUUCCUUUUUUCUCCUUCUUUUCAUGUUUGUUUGUUUGUUUGUUUUUGGUUUGCUUUCCGUUUGGUUGUUCAUUCUGUUCCUUGGCUCUUGGUUUUCGGGCAUUGCUUUGCUUUUCCCCCUAUUAACUUGGCUCUUUUUUCUUUUGGCUUUUGUUUCCUUCUCCUUUGGCUUUGCUUUCUACUGCUUAUUUUUCUUUUUGGUUGGUUCUUUUUCUUUCAGUUUAUUGUCUCUUUUUGGUUUCCUUUCCUUUGUUCACUUUUUUUUUCUCUACUGCUCCUUAGCUCUCCAUUGUUUAUGUCCUGUUUGUUUGGGUUUUUUGGUUUGCUUUCGUUAUGGUUGUUCAUUCUGUUCCUUGGCUCUUGGUUUUCCAGCAUUGCUUUGCUUUGUUCUACUUUCUACUUCACUUCUUUUAUUCUGUUUUUCUAUUUUUUUCCCCAUGCUCUCCCCUUAGAUUUUGUUAGCUUUUAUAUUGUCUCACUGUGUUGCUCUGAACUUUUUGCUUUGCCAUAUUGUUGCAGUCAAUGCCAUUGCUUUUUUUUUUUUUGGUACUUUUUCCCCGGUUAACUUGGCUCUUUUUCUUUUCCGUUUGGCAUUGGUUUCCUGCUCCUUUGGCUUUGCUUUCUAGAGCUUAUUUUUCUUUUUGGUUGGUUCUUUUUCUUUCCAGACCAUGCCUUUGCAUUCUGGUAGUAUGCCUUCUCUGUUCUCCUCUUUUUCUUUUGCUUUCAUUACGUUCUUCCUCCUUGUCGUCCCCAUGGCGGCUUCCUUCCUCUUACCUUGCCUUUACUUACCUGACUUUAGCCUUUUGGACAGUUCAUUCUUACAUCCUCCCUGUCCUUGCCUCUGUCCUCGUCGUGGAGUUGAGGCUUUUCUUCAGAUGCCUGGCAGCAUCCGUGCCCGGUAGCUACCCUGACCUCCUCCUCGGCAUGACCUCGAGCGCUUUCCCUUCCUCCAGAGAGAUGUUUUGUCCUGCUUGCAGCUGCAGACUUUUCGACGGGUGCCAGCUGAGGACGUGCAUCUCUGCUGGAGGUGGCCGCAUGCCCAGUAGCUACCCUUUCCUCCUCCCAGGCACGGAUGGGGAGUUUUGGCCGGCAUCGCAGUCUCUUGUCACAUUUGCUUUGCUGUCACAUCGAAUCCGAUUGCUUUGCUGUUCUGUUGGUGGGUUUUGGUUCUUUUUUUUAGUCUUUUUCCAUUGCAUCACAUUGGUUCUUUUUCCUUAGUUCCCUUCAAUUUGCUUUCUCUACUGCUCCUUUUCCUUUGCUCUCCUUUUUCAUUUCAAGUUAGUUUGUUUGGUUUCCUUUUUUCUCCUUUUUUCUUUUCAUGUUUGUUUGUUUGUUUGUUUUUGGUUUGCUUUCCUUUUGGUUGUUCAUUCUGUUCCUUGGCUCUUGGUUUUCGGGCAUUGCUUUG